AUGUCUCUCGGCGCCAGCGAUCCGGUCAGCUUCGAGAUCCGGAAUCUGAUCCGGUCGUACAAGCAGCUGCACGAGCAGAACUGGGAGCAGAUCAGCCGCUGUCUGCAGAACCUCCAGCAGAUCGAGCGUUUCAACGCGGUUUCCCCGGCGAAGUUCGGCGACCAGCUGCUCGCGUACUUCAACCUGCGUCAGAACUGGCGGGAGAUUCUUCGCCGGCUGCGCGCGGAGCUCCCGCCGCAUCCGUCUCUUUUUCCCGCGCUUUUCGCCUUCGCGGAGGCGGGCCGCUGGCCGGUGUGGCGCCGCUGCAGCGUGUGCUUCGGGCCCGAAACGCCCGGGGAGUUGGUGUGCUGCGUCACGUGCGGAAUCCCCGUGCAUCGGCGCUGCGUGGGACUGGCCAAUCCGACGCCGCAGACUGUGUUCCAGUGCGAUGUGUGCCGUUUCCUCGCGCAGAACGGAGACCCGCGGUUCUUGAAGUGCUGCUACUGCACGGUGCUGGACGGGUAUUUGGCGCGCACGAACGUCGCGAGUCCCGUUUUCGCGCAUAUUUCGUGCGCACUAUUUUCGCCGGGCGGGGAAAUCGCGGACUUCGCGCGGAUGACGCCCGCGCCGCCGGGGCUGCGGCCGCAGUACAACGGGCUGCGCAUGCUGAACCCGCUGAGCGUGCGGCGCGGCGUGGACGACAGCUAUCUCCGCGAUUAUGCGAACAUGUUCCCGCUCUUCAGUCUCUUCCACUCGAAGGCGUCGCUGACGUCGCCGCUCUUCCCGAUGCCCGAAACGCUCGCGAAUGCCGCGGGGAACAGCACGUAUUCGGUGCGGAACACAUUUAACAAGGUGCAUCCCUACUAUCUGGAGAAUUCCCGCGAGGGCCAGCUCGUGUCCCUCUUCCGCAACGUCGAGUGUUCCCGCCAGAAACAGUGUUACUCCGUCAUCGAGCCGCGCAUCCCCGCGAAUCUGCGCAAUUACGGCGCGCACUGCGGAUUCUGCUCGGAAACCGCGGGAGAGCCCGUCGAGUACAACGAGUCCCGCGGUACCACCGUGGAAACGGGGUAA